AUGGCUACCGAGGAUGGAGCACUUCUUCGGCCAGCAAUGGAAGGAUCAGGCAUCUACCACUUGAUCAAGCUGUUCGAUCGGCUGCUCGUCCUGAACCGAUCGCUCUUGGCCGCGGCCCUAUGCUUCUGGUCGUUGGCCACAAAUACUAUGAACCUCCGGUUUGGCAUGAUGACGCCGACCGUUCUAGACAUGGCUGCCCUAUUCGGCCUCUCCCCUCUUGGUGUGGAAGUAAACUCCGCUCUGGUCUCCCCUGAGGCUGAAGGGAGUUUUAAGGCCGCAUGGCCUACGGUCGCCAAGCUUGCUGGGAGUAAGGCGAAGAACAUGCUCAACUACUCUAGCUUCUACAGCAACUUUGGCGUGGAGGACAGCGCCAAUGAUGAUUCCAUCGCUCCCUUGGGCGAGGUCAAGCAUGCCGCGUUCUUGCUGUACUGGCUAUGCAAGUUCGUGUUUUGCACUCAGGCGAACAAAGUCACCCUGGAGUUCACCCAUCUCGGCCCAUUCCUCCUUGGUCAUAUCUACAGUACGCUUCACGACAUCGUCACAGAUGGGAUGAAGCCGAAGCACAGUGAGUUGAGGGGGGCGGUCAAUAUUGCCGACACCGAGCCGUUGGCCAACGCAUUCGCCCGGGCUCCCAGGAAGCAUAACACCUCGACUUUCUUCUGCAAAUUUUUCUACGGCUUGGUCGAGAGGACCGGGUCGCAGUUCCGGGAGUGCCUUGCUCGGCUGUAUCCUUUAUUCCUGGCGCACGACCUCUCCGUGAUUCCUGACGGCGAAACGGAGAACGAUCUGGGGCUUCUUCCUGGUCGCGCGCGACCUUCACUGCGGCCUGUCCAAGGCUGGGGCCAAGGUUUAUCUGCCAAACUUCGUGGCACGGCAAUUCAGCCUGAUCCAGACGACACCGCUUCCCCCGUUGUCAACCAACCGGCUCUUGUCUUGGAGGGCCGACGUCGCCCAGCAGAACCCAUGGCUAGCAUAUCCUUCCAACUUCAAAAGGGGAUUACCUUUCUUACUCUGACGCCUUGGUUGCGUCGUAAUGCGUAUGAUGAGGAUGGAAGAGUCUGGUACGAGGAAGGCCGUGAGGAGGGCUUUGAAGAAUGCAGAUUGAGACCUCAUCCUUCCCAAGGCUGGCAAGGGGAAGAAGGCCUCGGCUGGACUUUCUCGACCGAGUACGCCAACCGCGGCCGUACCCAGGGUAGCGGCCCCUCCUUUGGCCAGAGCAGCGAUCGUGACUUCAAACACGGCCCCAACCUGCAGAGCGCCGGCUGUGGUGUGGGCGCAAAAAACUUUGCCGCACAGGACCGUGCCAUCCGCCCCGCCGGCUUGACCGAUCGCUGUCCCGUGGGUCGCAAGAGGGAUCGAGAGGCCUUAAGUAUUGAGGCCGUAGCGGUUGAGGCCACGCCGGCCGAAAGUGUUGUGGUUGAGACGGCAGUGUUAGAGCGGCCGAGAAAAAUGGUCCUCCUUGUUCUUUCGGAGGGCGAGGACGAGGAAGAAGUCCCUCCUGUGAUCGGCCAGGCAGUGGUCGAGGAGGUGGCCGCCGCCGAGGUGGCAGAGAUGCUGGAUGCCGAGGCGGUAGAGAUGCUGGAUGCCGAGGCAGCAGUUGCAGAGGUGCCAGCCAUUGAGGAGGCCGCCGUUGACAUGCCAGACGAUGAGGUCCUUGCCGUGGAACUGACGCGGGCUGCCCUGGUGGAAGUCCCUUCGGCCGCCUCUGCCGUCCCUACCUUGGCCAUUAUAGCGUCUGUCGAGUCGUUGCCGUCCGCUCCUCGUCGUUCAAGCAGCAUUGUGAUCCGCUCGCCUCCCUGGUCGUCGCUGCCUCUAUCCACGGUCGUUGUGAGCAUGCCCCCAUCACCGUUGUCCCAGGACUCGACGGUAGUGACUGAGCUUUCAGUGGUUGUGGCUAUAGCUACUGACGUGCCGAGCCUGCCGCCUGUCUCUUCGACGGUCUUGACCGAGCUUGUGGUUGCAGUAAUUCUCGGCGUGCCGUCGGCCGCUGAAGUGAAGACCACCUCCUCCGAUGAUCUCGAGGAGUUAUAUGUCAGCCUCCACGAAGAAGGAGGCAUCUCGGCCUCUGCUCCCUUCGACAAGGAUUCCAGGGCUGUCGUUGAAAGGCUCCGGGAGUUCCUAUUUUUUGGGGUUCACCAAAUGACCACCGCCGAGGCAUUCAUGGAGUUUAGGUCCUGCCUGGAUACGGCCAUGGCGUUGGGUCUGCUAGACUUGGCUCAGCUGGAUGAGCUACAGGCUCGUUUGGCCGAGGGCGAGGAGAUGAUCGGUCGGUACGCUGAGGCAAACAUGAGGAUGACCGAGGCGUGCUCGCUCGAGCAAGAGCUGUCAGUGAUAAAAGAACAAGUCCAACCUGCCAUGGCCCGUUUGAAGGAAAAUGACCUCGUUGUCCAAAGAGAGAAUGAGGAACUUGCGCAGGUCGAGGUUCAGAUUGCCGAGCUCCAGGCCCGUCGAGAUGUCAUCCUUCAGCGCCGAGAUGGUGCGGUCGCAGUCGGAAUCGAGCUGAAGUCUUCGGCUAGGCAAAUCCUCAAGGCGACGACCGAAAAAAAGAGGGCACUGGCCGAGAGGAAGCUGAUCCGGGCGAGGUGGCAGGAGGAUAUAGGUGGUGGGGACAUUGCCUGGGGAAGGAUAACAUGCCUAAUCUGGGGGAUGUUCAGCGAGGGGGGGUUAGGUAGGCGGCCGUUUAAAGAUCUUGGGAUGUAA